CAGAGUAACAUCGGCCUACAGCCCAUCCAUUCGCCUCGCCAUUCACACAGUCCUUCCUCUCUCCGACGGACCCGAGGACCCCGUCGCGGUUCUAGUCUGCCAACCUCCGGCGAGCGAACCGGCGAAGACUAACGCGACGCAGCGAGGACGCACCCCACCUGCUCGACGGAAUGCUCCCCUAGGAAGCAGCUCAAGAACAGCGAAGCACCGUCCGCGGCGGAGAUGGACGACGUCCUUCCCAUCGUCAUCUCGUUCCUGCCGGCGCACGAGGCGGUGCGGACGUGCGUGCUCUCCCCACGCUGGCGCCACUUUUGGACAUCUGCGCCCGGUCUCCGCAUCACCGCCGUCGGGGACUUCGGGAGCGCCGAUAAGUUCAAUCAGUUCGUAGACCGCCUGCUCUUCCUCCGUCGCCACUCAGACUGCCCACUGGAGUCAUGUGAGUUCGAUCUGGACGACAGGGAGUUCGGUUUCAACUCCAUCUCGUCCUUUCAGCAUGUGUAUCGCUGGAGCCUGCAGUCUGCUUUAGACUGCAAUGUCCGGGUCCUUCGGUGCAGUUUCACGGACACCAACCCCAACUUCCGCAUGCUUCCCGAGCAACUAUCUGAAUAUCCAGAGCCUCUACUCUCCCAGCACCUCACUGGGCUAGAGCUCCAUUGCAUCCGCUGCGCUCUUGAUUUCUCGGGCUGUCCAGUGCUAGUGGACCUUAAGAUGGAGCAGUGCGUCACACAUGCUGCUGAAAUGUUGUCUCCAUCCUUGCGACAGCUGAGUAUGGUCUGCUGUGAACUCUCCAUGUGGCAUCGUACUCAAGUAACCUUACCGAAUCUUGUUCGCUUGGAAUUAAUUAAUUGUGCUGGUAGACUUCCAUUACUUGAAAGCUUGCCAUCAUUGGAAACGGCGGUUGUUGAUCUUGGGGAGUUUUCUGAGGAUCGGUGUCCUGUGUCAGGCUGUCUUGAUGAUGAUCCAUGCUUUGGUUGUCAUUUUCAUUUUGAGUUCAUUGCUCAACGCGGAAGUAGCUACUUCUUCCAGGGUUUGUCUCGAGCCAAACACCUAGAGUUGUUAGCUUCCUAUAAUGAUGCGUUCAUUUUUCAAAGAGAUUUGAAGUGCCGCCCGACAUUUCCCAUGUUAAAGACUUUGAUACUCAACGACUGGUGUUUGCAUGCUGACCUCAGUGCUGUGAUUCAUUUUAUCCAACACUCGCCAAAUCUUGAGAAGGUUACUCUUAAAUUUGCUGAGGAAUUUGAUUCUUCAAUGGUGACAGAAGGAGAUAACAGUUUGUUGGAAGGAACAUUUUCAUCUGACCAUCUUAAAAUGGUUGAAAUCAAAUGUUUAAAGGUUGAUGGAAGAAUUAACAAAAUUCUCAAGAUCCUGAGUGCUUGUGGCAUAUCACUGGAAAAAGUCAAUAUCCGACAAGCCAAUACAAGUUCCUGACCUGGAUGUUCCAGCCUCAGCUAAAGGUAAGAAGAUGCGGUCUGCUGGUCUUUCCAACUUUCUUUGAUUAUUUGGAAACGUAACGAUCAAAGCUUUAUUAUGGGCAUGAUGUAGCUGUCUGCCGUAAAUCCGUGAAUGGUUUUGCAAGAUAACUUGUCUUGAUUAUCUUGGAUUAUUUUGCAGUCUCUUAUAAUGCACCUAAUUGUUUGAAUAUUUGGCAACCCUCUGUCAUGAAGAUAAUCAUGUUUGCUUGUGGUGCCAUGAAUGAGGUCAUAAAGAUGUGAACCACGAAUUCUGUGUGUUAAUUAGAAGUUUGACUGAAGUCAUAGCAAUGAUAAUUCCUGUGCUCCAGUCCCUCAUCAAGUCAGUGAACUUUGCCAUUCA